AUGUCGCACGCAGUCACGAUCCGCAGCACGCCCGUCGAGGCUUCUCUGCUCGAGUCCGCCGUGGCUCGUCCUGCCGCGUCUUCCCAGCGGCGUGUGCGGUUGAGCGGACUCAAGGCUUUCCGCGGAGGACAUCUGGGUCAAACCUUUGCCACGUCACCUCAAGGCUCAGCCGUCGAUCGGCUACAGUCCAAGCAGAGGAUCCAUGGCCGCUCCGCAGUGCGCGCCGCCGUCGCCGUUGAGGCUCCUGUUGCUCCUGUCGCAGACGAAUCAACGCUGGUAACCCGCUCAGACAUUCGUAACAUCGCCAUCAUUGCACACGUCGACCACGGCAAGACGACGCUCGUCGACGCCAUGCUCAGACAAGCCAAGGUGUUCCGCGACAACCAGCAGAUGCAGGAGCGCAUCAUGGACAGCAACGACCUGGAGCGCGAGCGAGGCAUCACGAUCCUGAGCAAGAACACGGCCAUCCGGUUCCGCGGCACCAAGAUCAACAUCAUCGACACGCCCGGCCACUCCGACUUCGGCGGCGAGGUGGAGCGCGUGCUCAAUAUGGUCGACGGCGUGCUGCUGCUGGUGGACUCGGUCGAAGGUCCCAUGCCGCAGACCCGCUUCGUGCUGAAGAAGGCGUUGGAGCUGGGGCACCGCGUGGUGGUGGUGGUGAACAAGGUGGACCGCCCAGCGGCGCGCGUGCAGCACGUCAUCAACGCCACCUUCGAGCUCUUCUGCGAGCUCGAGGCCACCGACGACCAGUGCGAUUUCGCUACUGUCUACGCGAGUGGGAUACAAGGGAAGGCUGGUAUGGAGCCCGAUGCGCUUUCUGACGAUCUCGAGCCGCUGUUUGAGACAAUAAUUAAGUCCGUUCCGGGGCCGAAAGUGCAGCAGGACACGGCGCUGCAGAUGCUGGUGACGAAUUUGGAUUACGACGAGCAUAAGGGGAGGAUUGCGAUCGGGCGGGUUCAUGCUGGGAGGAUCGCGCGUGGGCAGGUGGCGAAGAUUUGCACGCCCGAUGGUGCCUGCCGCGUGGCGAAGGUCGUGGAGCUGUUCGUGUAUGACAAUUUCGCCCGCGUCCCCGUUGAUGACGUGGAGGCUGGGGACAUCUGCGCGUUAUCUGGCCUGCCGGAUGUGCAGAUCGGCGAGACGAUCGCGGAUCGCGACGGCGACGCGCUGCCGACGAUCUCGGUGGAGGAACCGACGGUCAAGAUGAGCUUCUCCGUGAACGUGUCGCCGUUCGCGGGGCGCGAGGGGAAAUUUGUGACGUCGCGGAACCUGCGUGACCGGCUGAUGAGGGAGCUGGAGAGGAAUCUGGCGAUGAAGGUGGAGGACGGGGAGAGCGCGGACACAUUCCUGGUCAGCGGACGCGGCACCCUUCACAUCACCAUCCUCAUUGAAAACAUGAGGAGGGAGGGGUACGAGUUCAUGGUGGGGCCACCACGGGUCAUUAACAAGAUCGAAGACGGCAAGACGCUAGAGCCGUAUGAGGAAGCGGUGGUGGAGGUGCCAGAGGAGUAUGUGGGAGCUGUGGUCGACAUGCUGGGCACACGCAAGGGGCAAAUGCUCGACCUACAGGCCUCCAGUUCGGGCAGCACAAUCGUGAAGUAUCGUGUGCCGACCCGUGGCCUGCUGGGGCUGCGCAACGCCAUGCUGACUGCCACGCGUGGCACGGCUGUCAUCAACACCAUCUUUGACAGCUAUGGCCCGUGGGCAGGCGACAUGAGCACACGCGAGCAGGGCUCCCUGGUCUCGUUUGACAUGGGCCCAACCACGUCGUAUGCGCUCUUCAGCUGUCAGGAGAGGGGGCAGCUGCUGCUUGGGCCGGGAGUGGAGGUGUACAAGGGGAUGAUCAUCGGUCUCCACCAGAGGCCCGGAGACCUGGACCUCAACGCGUGCAAGAGGAAAGCUGCCACCAACGUGCGAUCCAACAAGGAUGCCACAGUGGUGUUGGCGGCGCCCCUUGAGUUCAGCUUGGAUGAUUGUGUGGAGUACAUUCAAGAGGAUGAGCUUGUGGAGGUUACACCCCUUUCAGUCCGCAUGCUCAAGAACCCCAGGAUGGGCAAGAAGGGAAAGAAGUGA